AGCGAGGGGAAGCGGCCCCGCCCCGGCGCGCGCGGCACGCGGAAAAACGUCUUUCGCGCGGAAACGGCCGCGCGUGCGCCGCGUGCCCACAAACACCGCCCGAGGGGGGCGACUGUCGCGACAGAGCCGGCGGGGACACGGGCACCGGCGGAGGGGGUGUCUGUCACGAUAGAGCGGGGCCGGGGCACAGACUCGGGCCCGGUGAAGCGGCGGGGACAGGGACACGGGCGGGGGAAGGGGGUCGUGACUGUCGCGACAGAACAGGAGCGAGGGCCCAGCCUGGCCGGAGCGCCUCCCCAGCCCGCGGCGGUGCCUCGGCGGGCGCGCCCCGCGGCGCCAGGGCGGUGGCAGUGAUGUGUCUGAGGCCCAGCGGGGCCGGCGCUCUCCGCCAUGGCAGGGGCGGUCGCGGAGGGCGCGGCAUGGCGGGGACCGAGCCUGGGCAGCCACCGCCCUCCGCCCGCUCCUGCCCGGAGGGGCUUCCCUGCAGCCGCUGCCGGGGUUCCCAUGGAGACGCCCCGCGUCCUCUGACGAGUGCCCUCUUAUCGGCGACAUCGCGAUUGGUGCCGCCCUCCUCGCAGCGCUCCCGAGCUCGGUCGCUUUGCAGGCGACUGUCCCCUCCUGCACACCCCGCACGCACCGCUGACUGCCAGGGGUUGCAGAUUGUUGGGAGAGGAUCCAAAGCAGUGAGUGAGGUGUCUCUAAUCUCGACCUGUCAUCCGCUGUCAUGGACCGAAGGUGCCGUCUCGUUCUUCACCCCAUUAUAGCCCAUCGAAGAUGUAGAUGAUGAAGAGGUGUUUUCCCCCUCUGCCUUGGAAUCGAAUGUCUCUGUCACAGACCAGGGCAUUUCUCUAAGGAAAUGGAUAUGUCUUCCCAAAAAUACCCAGUCAAAAAGCGAGUGAAAAUUCAUCCCAACACAGUAACAGUGAAAUACACUUCUCAUUAUCCCCAGCCAGGAGAAGAGGGAUGUGAGGAUGUUAAUGAAGAUACUGGAGUGUUUAUGGAGGAUAAUCCUAAGAGAAGACUACUGAAUGAUGGGAAAAAGAGAGAAAAUACUUUUUUUGGUACAAUAGACACCAAGCCAGCACAACUGCCAAAACCCGAUGAGGCUGUACAAUCCCAGCACUUUCCUGAAGGAAAUGUACUUCAGUCCAGGAAAACGUGGGCAGUCCUUUUUGGGUCUGCCGUGGCUCACGGAUGUGUGGCUCUGAUCACAAGAUUAAUUUCUGACCGUUCCAAAGUGCCAUCUCUGGAGCUGAUUUUCAUCCGCUCAGUGCUGCAGGUGCUGUCCCUCAUUGCUGUGUGCUACCACCACGAGCCUCCCUUUGGCCCCAAAGGCUACAGGCUCCGGCUGUUCCUCUACGGGGUGUGCAAUGUCAUCUCCAUCACCUGUGCCUACACCUCCUUCUCCAUAGUGCCCCCCAGCAAUGGGACCAUCAUGUGGAGGGCCACCACCACGGUGUUCAGUGCCAUUCUGGCUUUUUUACUCAUAGAUGAAGGAAUGGCUUAUAUAGACGUACUCACUGUCAUGGGCAGUGUGUGCGGGGUUUGUCUGGUCAUGAUCCCCAACAUUGUUAAGGAGGAAAACUCUUUGCUGAGCACCUGGAAAGAAGCUUUUGGCUAUACCAUGACAGUCAUGGCUGGUCUGACCACUGCCCUCUCCAUGAUAAUCUACAGGUCCAUCAAAGACAACAUCAGCAUGUGGACAGCACUGUUCACUUUCAGCUGGACAGGAACAGUGUGGGGAGUAUCCACCAUGUUCCUGCUCCAGGAGCCAAUUGUGCCACUGGAUGGGGAAACCUGGAGCUAUCUCCUUGCCAUCUGCCUGUGCUCCACUGCAGCCUUCCUGGGAGUCUACCAUGCCCUGGGCAAGUUCCACCCCGCUCUGGUGAGCACUGUGCAGCACCUGGAGAUCGUCAUCGCCAUGGUCCUGCAGCUCCUUGUGCUGCACAGCUUCCCAGGCACUUGUGAUCUGGUCGGGGCAGUGCUUAUUUUGGUGAGUGUUUUUUUCCUUGCGUGUUAUAAGCUUUCCUGGAAGGAAUUAAGAAGGCAAGAUUAUCAGGAGAUUGUGGAUUUGUCCAGUAAAUGAAUGUCUGUUUUCAAUGUCUCAUUCUGGCUGUGACCAUGUGGAAGUGACUCCUUUCAGUUCCUGUGUCCAAUCCUAGUGGCCAGGCCCUCUCUCUACCAUUUCACUUCUCAGCUGAUGUAGCAUUGUUGGUAUUUCCAGGCUCCCAUGCCAGGUGGAUUUGUUCUGCUUCACACAACCAUUUUGUCAUACCCAAGAGAGUAGCACAGCCAGCACAGGCUGGCCCACUGAAAUGUGGGCCAAGCUCUUCUUGACCUUCUCUGGAUAAAGCAAUACAGAGGGACUCUUUUAGUGACUCUCUUUCAUGGGUGCUGUGGUAGUAGGAAGAUGAGCAGCAAAACCAUUAAAAAGGUCAAACCAAAUUGUCAUUUCCUCUGUAAUGCUUCUUAAGCUUUGGCUGUAAUAUUCUAAAUGGAGCAAUGCUAAACUUCUGUGGCUAAAACUUGCAUUUCCUGUGUGUAUAAAGAAGUCAGUAAAGCUUUUUGUGCUUUGUGGCUAAA